AUGGCCAAGAAGACCGCCAUCGGCAUUGACUUGGGUACAACAUACAGCUGUGUGGGCGUAUGGAAGAAUGAUGGUGUGGAGAUUAUCGCCAAUGAUCAGGGCAACAGAACCACUCCAUCCUAUGUUGGAUUCACGGACACAGAGCGCUUGAUUGGUGAUGCAGCCAAGAAUCAGGUGGCCCGAAAUCCGGAGAACACAGUGUUUGAUGCCAAGCGCUUGAUCGGCCGCAAGUUUGCAGAUCCCGUCGUGCAGGCUGACAUCAAAUUGUGGCCAUUUAAGGUUGAGAGUGGCCAGGGCGACAAGCCGAUCAUUGUCGUCAACGCUCAGGGAGAGCAGAAGAAAUUUCACCCCGAAGAAAUUUCCUCAAUGGUCUUGCUCAAGAUGAAGGAGACAGCGGAGGCUUAUUUGGGCACCAAGGUGAAUGAUGCAGUUGUGACAGUGCCAGCAUAUUUCAACGACUCUCAGCGCCAGGCCACCAAAGAUGCAGGGACCAUUUCUGGUAUGAAUGUGCUGCGUAUCAUCAAUGAGCCUACUGCUGCAGCCAUUGCAUAUGGCCUUGACAAGAAAGGUGCAGGCGAACGCAAUGUGUUGAUCUUUGACAUGGGCGGAGGCACGUUCGACGUGUCCCUCCUAACUAUUGAGGAUGGUAUUUUUGAGGUGAAGGCCACUGCGGGCGACACCCACUUGGGUGGUGAGGACUUUGACAACCGAAUCGUCGACUUCUGCAUUCAGGACUUCAAGCGCAAGAAUCGGAACAAGGAUAUGUCAGGGAACCAGCGUGCCAUCCGACGCUUGCGGACGCAGUGCGAGCGUGCCAAGCGCACGUUGUCUUCUUCUACUCAGGCGAUGAUUGAGAUCGAUUCUUUGUUUGAAGGAAUUGACUAUUCCUGCAAUUUGUCCAGGGCUCGUUUUGAGGAGCUAUGCAUGGAUUAUUUCCGGAACUCGAUAGGCCCCGUGGAGAAGUGCCUCAAGGAUUCUGGAAUUGACAAGAAGAGUGUCCACGAUGUGGUGCUCGUGGGUGGUUCCACUCGCAUCCCCAAGGUGCAGUCCAUGAUUCAGGAGUUCUUUAAUGGUAAGGAGCCCAACAAGUCCAUCAAUCCAGAUGAGGCCGUGGCAUAUGGAGCAGCAGUGCAAGCGGCCAUUCUUUCGGGUGAGAGCUCUUCCGCUGUCCAAGACCUCUUGUUGUUGGAUGUGACUCCUUUGUCCACGGGCCUGGAGACGGCAGGUGGCGUGAUGACCAAGCUCAUCGAAAGAAAUACGACGAUCCCCACAAAAAAAGGCACAGACGUUCACAACUUAUGCAGAUAA